GGCCCCUUCCCCUCAGCCCCGGCCGCCCCUCGACGCGCCAUGGAGGAGGAGCGGGCGGGAGAGCAGAUGAGACCGCUACUCACAACGGGUCCUGAUGAAGAAGCUGUUGUGGAUAUGGGUAAAAUCAGCUCCACCAUCAACACAAAUUUUGAGAAAGAAGAACUAGAAAGUCACAGAGCUGUAUAUAUUGGUGUGCACGUCCCCUUUGGAAAACAAGGCCGACGGCGUCACAGACACCGUGGACAUAAACAUCAUAGACGAAGAAAAGAAAAGGAAACUGACAGAGAAGAUGGGCGAGAAUCUCCAUCCUAUGACACACCAUCACAGAGGGUACACUUUAUCCUGGGUACUGAGGAUGAUGAUGAAGAACACAUCCCCCAUGAUCUGUUCACAGAAAUGGAUGAACUUUGUUUUAGAGAAGGGGAAGAGUAUGAAUGGAAAGAAACUGCCAGAUGGCUGAAAUUUGAAGAAGAUGUUGAAGAUGGUGGUGAUAGGUGGAGCAAACCCUACGUGGCUACUCUGUCUCUCCAUAGUCUGUUUGAACUGAGGAGCUGUAUUCUAAAUGGGACAGUCAUGUUGGACAUGAGAGCCAACACACUAGAUGAAAUUGCAGAUAUGGUGUUGGAUAACAUGAUAGCUUCGGGUCAGCUGGAUGAAUCUACAAGGGAGGGUGUCAGAGAAGCUCUUCUGAAGAGGCACCAUCAUCAGAAUGAAAAAAAAUUCAGUAAUCGGAUCCCCCUGGUGCGGUCGUUUGCAGAUAUAGGCAAGAAACAUUCUGACCCUCUCUUGCUUGAAAGAAAUGGGGAAGGCCUUUCAGCCUCCCGUCACUCUUUACGAGCAGGUCUCUCUGCCUCAAAUAUUUCCCUGAGAGGAGAGAAUCGCUUGUCCCUUCUUCUCAAUUACCUUCUUCCUGGAACUCCAGCAGCUUCAAGGAGCACAACUCCUUUACCUACCCCACAAUGCACUCCACCCUCCAGUCCUAGGUGUGGCCACAGGGGACCCACAAAUGUACAGCCGAUUGAGCUUCAGUGUCCUGAUCUCCUUGUGUCUCCUGCUAAUGAUGAUAUCCCCAAAGUAAUAAUUCAUCCACCUGAGGAGGAUUUAGAAGCUCAGGAAAGCAAGGAGAAGACAUCAGAGGAUGAUAGUGACGUAACACCAGGACUCUUAGCAUCCCCACAAUCAGCACCUGGUAAUUUGGAUACUGGAAAAAGUGGAGAUAUUAAAAGCAGUGGAACAGGAGGAAGCAGAGAAAACAGUACUGUUGAUUUCAGCAAGGAGUCAGCCUCCUGGCACUGUAGUUGUGGCACACUUGGUGUGGGACUCAAGAGGCCAGCUGUAGACAUGAAUUUCAUGAGGAAGAUCCCCAUGGGUGCAGAGGCAUCAAAUGUGUUGGUGGGAGAAGUGGAUUUUUUGGAGAGACCUAUUAUUGCUUUUGUGAGGCUGUCGCCCGCUGUGCUUCUCUCAGGCCUUACAGAGGUUCCUGUUCCUACUCGAUUCCUUUUUAUUUUAUUGGGUCCAGCAGGCAAAGCACCUCAAUACCAUGAAAUUGGUCGAUCAAUAGCAACGCUUAUGACAGAUGAUGUUUUCCAUGAUGUUGCUUAUAAAGCUAAAGACCGAAAUGAUCUGCUAUCUGGAAUUGAUGAGUUUUUAGAUCAAGUGACUGUUUUGCCCCCAGGAGAGUGGGAUCCAUCUAUACGAAUUGAACCACCUAAAAGUGUUCCUUCUCAGGAAAAAAGGAAGAUACCUAAAUUUCCAAAUGGAGCUGCUACUCCUGGGGAGCCUCUCAAAGAAGAAGCCCAUCAUGCUGGACCUGAAUUACAAAGGACUGGAAGGCUUUUUGGUGGUUUGAUACUUGACAUCAAAAGGAAAGCACCUUUUUUCUUGAGUGACUUCAAGGAUGCAUUAAGUCUGCAGUGCCUGGCCUCGAUUCUUUUCCUAUACUGUGCCUGUAUGUCUCCUGUAAUCACUUUUGGAGGGCUCCUUGGAGAAGCUACAGAAGGCAGAAUAAGUGCAAUAGAAUCUUUAUUUGGAGCAUCAUUAACUGGGGUUGCCUAUUCGCUGUUUGCUGGGCAACCUUUGACAAUAUUGGGGAGCACUGGACCUGUUUUAGUAUUUGAAAAAAUAUUAUAUAAAUUUUGCAAGGAUUACGAACUUUCUUACCUGUCUCUAAGAACCAGCAUUGGUCUGUGGACAUCAUUUUUAUGUAUACUGUUAGUAGCAACUGAUGCAAGCAGCCUUGUGUGUUAUAUCACUCGAUUUACUGAGGAAGCUUUUGCUGCUCUCAUUUGCAUAAUAUUUAUCUAUGAAGCACUGGAAAAGCUUUUUCAUUUGGGAGAAGUGUAUGCUUUCAAUAUGCACAAUGACUUGGAUAGGCUGACACUAUAUUCAUGUGUGUGUUCAGAGCCACCGAAUCCCAGCAAUGAAACACUGGAACUAUGGAUAAAGCAUAACAAAUCUGCAGAUACUAUAUCAUGGGCUAACCUUACAGUUAGAGAAUGCGGGAUCUAUCAGGGUGUGUUUCAUGGAUCAGCUUGUGGUCAUCAUGGCCCGUAUUUCCCAGAUGUUCUUUUUUGGUCUGUCAUUUUAUUUUUUACAACAUUUUUCCUCUCCUCUUUCCUUAAGCAAUUUAAGACCAAGCGCUAUUUUCCCACUAAGGUGCGUUCUACGAUAAGUGACUUUGCUGUAUUUUUGACUAUAGCGAUCAUGGUUCUUAUUGAUUACCUUGUGGGAGUUCCUUCUCCUAAACUUCAUGUGCCUGAAAAAUUUGAGCCCACUCGAAGUGAUCGGGGAUGGCUCAUAGAUCCUUUAGGGCCUAAUCCUUGGUGGACACUUCUGGUAGCUGCGGUUCCUGCUUUACUCUGUACCAUUCUAAUUUUUAUGGACCAGCAAAUUACAGCAGUCAUCAUAAACAGAAAGGAACAUAAGCUGAAGAAAGGCUGUGGCUAUCAUCUUGAUCUGCUUAUGGUUGGCGUUAUGCUAGGAAUAUGCUCCAUAAUGGGCUUGCCUUGGUUUGUGGCUGCUACUGUUCUUUCUAUAAGUCACGUCAACAGCUUAAAAGUAGAAUCUGAAUGCUCUGCUCCAGGAGAGCAGCCGAAGUUCCUCGGAAUCAGAGAACAGAGAGUAACAGGAUUAAUGAUCUUUGUUCUGAUGGGGAUGUCAGUGUUCAUGACUUCUGUAUUAAAGUUUAUUCCAAUGCCAGUCUUGUAUGGUGUUUUUCUUUACAUGGGAGCAUCCUCACUAAAAGGCAUCCAGUUUUUUGACCGUAUCAAAUUGUUUGGAAUGCCUGCCAAGCAUCAGCCAGAUUUGAUCUAUCUGCGUUAUGUGCCUCUCUGGAAGGUCCAUAUAUUUACAGUAGUUCAGCUUACUUGUCUUGUUCUUCUGUGGUCAAUUAAAGCUUCUGCAGCUGCUGUUGUUUUUCCUAUGAUGGUAUUAGCCCUGGUUUUCAUUCGCAAACUUAUGGAUUUGUGUUUCACCAAACGGGAGCUCAGUUGGCUUGAUGAUCUUAUGCCAGAAAGUAAAAAAAAGAAGGAAGACGACAAAAAGAAAAAGGCAAAGGAAGAAGCUGAACGAAUGUUUCAGACAGUGGACAGUGAAACUGUACACCUUCCAUAUGAAAGAAGCGAUGUGUUAGAGAUUCCUGUGAAAGCUCUAAAAUACAGUGUUGAUCCUUCUGUUGUAAACAUAUCAGAUGAAAUGGCCAAAACUGCACAGUGGAAGGCUCUUUCCAUGAACACAGAGAAUUCCAAAGUAACAAGGUCUAACUUGAGCGCUGAAAAAGAAGAGUGUGUGAAAAUAGACGUGGAAAAGGCAUCUGAAACAAAGUAUGUAGAUGCUGAAACCUCAGUAUAGAAGUGAACUUGAGGGUAUAUCAUUUUAUAGGAUAUAAUGUUAAAGGGUGAUUUCUAAACUUCUUUCAUGUACUGAAAUUUGUGCUCUGAAUAUUAUAUGUGCAGUAACAAGACUUUUUCAGACAAGAACGAAGUUGUGAUCACUUCGGAAAUAUUUAUUUUUAGUGAAAUUAUUAUUUUAAUUUUUUAAUAGGAAAGUCAAAAUUACUUUUUAGUUACCAUUACAUGCAUAAAUGUCAGAUGUGUUUAACUGUAAAUUAUUGAUUGUCUUUACAUACAUCGCUGUUUUAUAAUUUAUUGUGAUAUCGGUGCCCUGUGUGUCAAGCAAUCGCUGUUUGGGUUU